AUGGCUGCGCUCUCUCAGCACUUGAGGAUCCUGCUAUGGAAGAACUGGCUGAGUGUCAAGAGGCAGCCGGUAUGGUCGUUCAUUUUAAUUUCCUGGCCUGUGGUUGUUUUCAUAAUCUUGGCCAUUAUCCGUCUCAAAUUCCCUCCAGAACCACAACCAAACUGUUACCUUGCACCCCGAAACCUUCCUAGUGCAGGCUUCUUCCCAUUCCUGCAGACCGUGCUGUGUGAUUCAGAUGCCAGAUGUAAAGGCACACCAUACACACCAGAAGAUCUGCUGCCAAGACUUAAUGACAUCUCAUCCCUCAGACUUAAGCGGAGGAGCUCAUCCAGUACGGUCAAGGACAACCAGCCAUCACCAUGGAGUACAGAGGUUCCUAAAAGCAGGAACACUUCGCUGGCAUUUGUGGAUUUGGUAUCUCAUGGAGAAAAAACCCUUCAGAAUAUUUCAUCACCAUCCAACUUGACUUCCAGUAUCAACAUGUUCAACAAAAUCCUCAAUUUUGGGAAGAACCAGACCCAACAUUCAACUGCAGCAAAUCUCAAAGUCAUUCUGUGUGAGGUAUUGUCACAAUACAUAGCACGUCCCAGUCUCACUGAAGGGAAGAUGGCAGCCAAUAUCCACCGGACAUUCUGCUUUACUGACUCAUCCCUUUUAGAGUCAUUUACUCAAGAGCUCAGAAGUCAGCUCCAUCAGGUGCAACACAACCCACAGUACCAGGCAGCAUUCGUCAAUGAAAUGGUCUCGUUUCUAAUGCUCGUCUCCCAAGUGCAGAACGACACCUCCCUGUGGCAUCUCCUCUUGCUGGCCCCAGAUGUCUUUCAAGGCAGCAUGUUACCACAAGACAUAAUUGAUUUCCUUCAGAAUGCAAGCAGUGUUGUGCUGGCAGUUCAGAAUGUCUCUGCAUCACUCGUGACUGAUGAUAGAUUCGAAACUGUUCAGAAUGGGGCUACAGAUCCUUCAUAUUCCCUGAACUGCUUGGAGCAAGAUAAAGAAAAAAGUUUGGUGACCAGAUAUAUUUGUAAUCACUUUGUUAACCAGAAAGACAAUCCAACUUUAGUAUCUGAAUUGGAGGAAGUUCUGAGAAAAAUAAAGUCACCAGAGACUGGUGGAAAAUACUCCAAGAGGUCCAUUCAUUCAGAUGAUUUAGAAGCCAUACAAAAGUCUCUAUAUCAUUUAAAAGGCUUUGAGAAAAAAAUGAAUAGAAGUGAAUUAAAAAGCUUAAAUGUAUUCAGAAAUUUGAAGAAUGAAACAUUACAGAAAUUGUAUGCAGUUCUUGAACUGGGAAUGAAUCCACAUCAUGAUUAUAAAUUAAAGGAACCAUAUAAUAAGGAAAUAAUUGAUAAAAUCUAUAACUUCACAUCAUUGCAAUUACAGAGUGACUUUAAUGAGACUUCCAUUUUCAAUAUAAUGACCCAGUGGAAAGAAAUUCAGAGUCCUUUAAAAUUAGCUACAAUGAUUUGGAAUCUUGUUCUGUUAAAUAAUUCUAAUUUUAGUACAGCUCAAAAUAAGGAUGCUCUCAAAAUGUUGCUUUCCACUAGCAUGCCAUCAUUUCUGGAAGACUUAAGAGACCAUUUCAAUGGAAUGCAAGAAUUACCAUCUUUGUUUUCUGAUUAUCUGCUUAAGCCUGUGUCCUACAGAAACUUUCCAGACCAGCUCCUAGCUUUCCAGAAGAUGUUUUUUCUCAUGACAGACACCAGCAUAGGUUAUCAGUACCUCCUGAUGCCUGUGUUUGAACUGAUGCGGAAAGUAGAAAGUUCCAUGGGUGAAGCCUGGUGGGAUGAGUUAAAUGUUUAUUGGCGCAUUGGGGAAAAACUGAGAUCAAUGAAGUGGAGUAACACAGCCAUCAUAGCCUAUGGGCAGUUCUUAGAGGUAUUAAACAGCCAUUUACAAAAGCUGAAUAAGUCAGAUAGUUUCUACAGUGAACAAUUGGAUCAACUGUCAGAAUUUAUAACAGCUGUGUUUAAAGAGUUUGGGGAAAACUCUGAAGCAGCCAAUAUCUCACUAGUCACUCAAGCUAUACAAAAGACCUUGCACAUAUUAAAAGACUUAGAGCUGAAUUAUAAUGUCAGUAAAUUAAAAUCUAUAGAUCUUUUCUUUAGUUUUGACAAUAAAACCUUUGAGAGCUUGUCUGAACUUCUGAGGACAGGAAUGAAAAUCCUUCAUAAUACGAAUGCCAGUGAAGCUUCCAGCAAAGAAAUAAUUAACUCUGUCUAUAACUUAACACAUCUUCUACUGCAAAAGUUCAGCCAGUCUUCCUUUCAGGACGGUACUUCACUAGAAGCAAAAAUUUGGGAGUUCUUGCAUUUAGCCUUGAUUCCUUUCCUUGAGAACAGCAACCAUGGUUAUAGAGCAUCCCAGAACUGCUCCGCUCAGGACGUGCUCCACGUAACACUUGAAAUGCUGUUUGAAAAUGCCACUCUAAACGAGUCCUUAGCCAGGAGCCCCUGCAAACCCCUCUUUGACUCCAUGGGCAUGGAGGGUGGAACACGGCACAAUGACACUUUUACAAAGAUGUUCCAGCUUGCCAUAACAAACCUGAAACUGUCUCCAGAGUUUGCUGCUGUCUACAAGAACAGCAGUGAACGCUUUUCCAAGGAGCUGUCGUGCAUCAUCCAGUCUCUGCAGUUUUCUCUGAGUUUCCUUUCCAAAUUAAACCUUGUCUCUGAGCUGGAAAGCUCUUGGGUAGAGGAGAAGGCAAGAGCUCUGACUGCUGUCACGGAGGGGCUGCUGCAGAGUAAUGUCUCCUGCCCCAUCCCAGUCCAAGAUGUGGGUGGUGUGCUUCCAUCUCAGCUUUUGAAGAUGCUUGUUCCUUCCAUGCUGAAUGAAACAAUACUGAACUCCCUGAAUUUCUCUGGCAGUCCAGCAGACUGGCAUAGGCUGCCUGUGUUUUCCCACCUAUUACCGACUGUUUCCAUGAGGAACAGCAGUAUAUAUGAACUGCUACAGGUAGGCAGAAAUGCUUCCAACCAAUCUGAGUGGGGACAAUUCUCACGGCUGUGGCAUGCCACUGGCAAUGUGUUGACCACCAAAUGGAACCUAACGGAAGUGGAUGAAUAUGUGAAACUCCUGGAAAUUAUGAAGAAAGCUCUAAUUCUGGUGGACUUCGGAGUAGCUCCUGGGAAAACUUUAGUACAUCAGAUCUUUCGUAAUUCUAGUGGAGGAAUGAAACCCUCAGAUCUGGAUGAUUUGUAUAGGUCAUUAAAACUCUUUUUCAAUUCAACUUCUGCCACAAACAGCACACCAGACUUGGAAAGAAUAUUUGAAGAAAUACUCCCACUGUAUGAGGUUGGUGGUGAAGGAUUAAUGGUCUACCCGAAUCCAUACAGAGAAGAAAAUCAAGAUAUUCUAACUAUGGCUGCAGUGAUUUGGAAUCAGAUCAUUUUAAGCAGGACUCAUUUUAAUACAGAGAAAGCAUGGGAGGUUAUAAAAAUGAUUGCACUUCAGGCAGUCCCACUUGAAGACAUUGAAAAUUAUCUGAGCACAAAUGAAAAAAUGUCAUCAUUAUUUUCUGACUUCUUGUUGACCCCUGUGACUUCUGAAAAUUUUGCAGAACAGCUCUUGUCCCUUGAGCAGCUUCUUCCUGACAUGGCAAAGGUGAAUAUCAGUGAUCAUUAUUUGCUGAUCUCUUCUUUGUCUAAGCUAAUGCAGAAACUUCAGAGUUCUCCUCAUGGAAGGCAGGAAAAUGAACUGGGUGCUUUCUGGCAGAUUGCUGAAGUUCUUCAGUCCAUGAACUGGAAUAGCACAGACGGUCUCACUUCCCAGUACCUACUAGACGUGCUGGAAAAUCAGUUCAAUACCAUGAAAAAUGACUCCACUCUUCCUUUCAGUAAGGAACUGAAGCAGCUGUUAAACUUUGCAUUCCCCAUAUUUGAGCUGUAUGGUGAAGAAGACUCCAGAGGAGCCAACUUCUCCAUAUACUUGCAAGCCAUGCAAAGAAGUAUCUUAAUUUUAAAAGAUUUGCAGAAAAGUUAUAAUAUCAGUGAGCUUGCAACUAUCGACCUAUUAUAUGAUUCUUACAGUAACUACACCCAGAGACUGACUGAAAUGUGGAGAGCCGGAAUGAAAGUCCUUCAUGACACUAACUUAAACAAAACAUUUGAAGAAAAAAUGGACAUUAUCUAUAAUUUCUCACAUUCACUGCUGCAGAAGGAGUUCAGCCAGUCUUUCUUACAGCACAAUACUUCACUAGAAGCAAAAAUUUGGGAG